CGCCUGCGCAAGGGGCCAUGGCAGCCCGUCGCACCUGAGGGUGGGAGGCGGUGGUGUCCCCUUCCCUUCCGCGGGCGGGAGAGUUAGAUAGUUACCCAAGAAGACACCAUGAAAGAUACUGACAUCAAGAGACUUCUAUAUACCAAUCUUUUGUGCAUAUUUUCAGUUUUCCUAAGCAUUUUUAUCCCAUCCUUUUUCUUGGACAACUUCUCAAUAUUGGAAACUCACUUGGUCUGGUUGGGCACUUGCUCUGCUUUUGUGACUGGUGCCAAUCUCUUGUUAUACUUGGUAGUGAAACCGAAUGUGUCCUCUAAAAGAAGUUCAUUGUCACAUAAGGUAGCCCGAGUUGUCAGAUGCUGGCUCUACUUUCUCGCGUCUUGUUUUUUCCUUCAUAUAAUCUUUGUUCUGUAUGGAGCACCACUGAUGGAGUUGGUGCUGGAAACCUUUUUAUUUGCAGUUGUUUUGUCUACUUUUACCACAGUACCUUGUCUGUGUUUGUUAGGACCAAAUCUCAAAGCGUGGCUGAGAGUUUUCAGUAGAAAUGGAGUUACAUCUGUUUGGGAGAACAGUCUUCAGAUUACUACAGUUUCUAGUUUCAUAGGAGCAUGGCUUGGAGCAUUUCCUAUUCCACUGGAUUGGGAAAGACCAUGGCAGGGGACGCAAGAGCUUACAGGUUGCCAGGGUGAGCAGUCACACAGCAGAGGAGAGGGGAUUAAAUAAAAACUCCUGAGGUAAGAAGUUCAGUGCUUUACAUAAAACAGUAAACUAUGCAUCUCAUUUUAUUAUGACUCCAUAUGUCAGGAGGGGAUGCUAUUGAAGUAACAAUCAUUUAAAAACAACAACCAACAAACCAGCAUUUAAUUUGGUAUUUAAAACCAAUCAUUAAAAGUCAAACGGAAGCAGUAUGUAAAAUAACUAAGAUAACAAGUAGUAUGAACUCAAGCUCUGCCUAUUGAAAUACGAUAAUUCAUCACGAGUGAGCUACAAUGUACCUGCAAGGACAGGAAGGGCGUACGUUAGCAAAGAGAGGCUGUUAGAGUGCAGGAUUCCCCUCAACAUUUUAAAGGGCUUUAGAACAGAUUUUCUAUGCAAACACUAACCAACUAUAAUUUGUUGUAUGUUCUUUCACACAUGACCUUAUUUGAAGCAGUGUUCUCACUAACACAGUUCAUAUUAAUAAAACAUUGAGAAGAAUUUUCUUUCCCAGAUAUUUCACUAGUUUGAAAGAGUUAUUCUAGAGAUUAGUCUGAAUUUCUGUGGCAACCUAAGCCAUAAAUGAAGACAUGCGUCUGAAAAUAAGGCAGUCUCUCUAUAAUCUGUUCAUGAAUAGAAAACAAAUCUUUGGUUUUCUGCUUAAAGUGGCAGAGAAGAUUUUGCAAAAAGAAAUACUAAAUAACAAACACAAAGAGCUCUUAACAAGCAAUGGGAAACUCCAAACCCCAUCAAGGUAAGUAGAGUACCUAAGGCACCUCAGGUUCAGAUGAUACAAUCGUCUGCUUAGAGUUCAAACAGUCUGUGUACAUGAUUCUUACCAUCUGGAGAAGCUGAAGCCCAACGGACUGCUGUCAACUAGGAGAGAGUGAUAAGCGCUCAAGAAUGACUAGGACACGCGGUCGUCCCCCCACGGCCACACAUGAGGAGACUGAGGUGACACCACUGCACGUUUAGAGUCUUAAUCCUUUUCUCUUGAAGCAGGCAAGUCCUUGACUUUAUCUCAUUGCUAACACACCGAGUGUCAAGGGUUUCACAGAUGUAGAUUUGAAGAAAAAAACAAACCAUCAAAUCUCCAAAGGCAACUUGGAAAUGAAUAAUACUUUACUGUCUUGAUUCCUUCAUAUCAUAGGUUUGACAACUUAGCUAGUACGUUAGCCGACUAUACAAUUUCUUUCAAUUCUAUCUAAAAACAGACCGAAACUAAAUGGGAAAAUUACAGAAGUCCCAUUUGAGCAUACAUAAAUAAGGCCAUGAUAUACCUAAUGUGAACCGCCACUGCCUGAGGACAUCCUGCGUCCACUUCCAAGAGAGCUCUUGUCAGUAGACGGUCUGCUACCGCGUGGGGAGUGUGGUGCUCAUAUUUUAAAAACUCCUACAAAGCUCACAUGCAAGACAGUACAUCUAGAUUUGUGACUGGUAUGAACAUUUAAGGCUGUCAUUUUCAAGUAUAAAUGUUUAGUGUUCCAUUACCCAAUCUGUGCACUAGACAAAGCUUAAGCACAAACCAUGGAAGAUAACAGAAGCUUGCUAAAGACAGAGAUGUCGUAGUUUAAGCAACAGCAACUUUGAACCUAAGGGAGGCUGGUACCAAUGUGUGGAUUCGCUUGCGCUUCCCCAGACUGCAUGAGGUGGUUCACAUGGAAGCUUUGCCUACACUACUGUCUGUUGCAUGGCAUUUAGAAUAAGGCAGAUCCAUAGCAGACGGAAGAAGAAAGCCAACGAGGUAGCAGCCAGUUAUUAGGAUGGUUUCCCUCCAGUACACUUGGAUGGCCGAUUCCCCAGAGAAGGGUAAGAAAGGCUGCAGUACACCAGAUAAACUUUACAAAGGACAUGAAGGUGUCUGCAAGACUUUUCACACACACCCUGUCUGUGGCAUUAAAAAGUCUCCUCUAUUUCUGGCUUAGUGAGAUGUAGCGUGGGGAGUGUGUUCUUGCCUCACGCUCUAGGUGUGUACAUAAGCUGUGGUGUGUAGACCUUCUGCUGUGGACACACUAUCUGCAGCUCCGAGUGGACAUCAGCUUACGAUGGAAGCAGAUACCCACAAAUUCCACGUGACAUGCUCACAUCCCAGGUCUUCACUCUCACAUGACUGAACGUUUCUAAGGUUUGCUCACUUAUUUCAUUUGAUGUACACAGCCAGUGUAGGAAUUAGAAAAAUGGCCAACUAAUUCAGAGCCAAACUGAGUUCAGGAUUAUGGUAAACAAUGACCCAUUUUUACAUGUUACUUUUGCAUGUAUUUCAUGCAGUUUAGAUAAAAGCAAACUAGAGCUACAGUUGCCAGAGGCCAUGUUACUGUUUAAUGCACAUUAACUAAAAUGUGGACACUUUUAGUGUUAUGAUCAAUGCAGUCAUGACCUAUUAACCUUGGCAUUCUUUAUGAAGCACACUAAGCUUCACUAUAGAAAUGUGUGCAGUACACUUCAUUUGUGCUCAAGUGUAAUAAAGCAUCGGUUGGCUUAGAUCUCAAUUCUUUCCUUAGGUGUGGCCCAUCUCCUGUACACUCGGAGCGACCUUUGGCUACGUGGCUGGCCUGGUUAUCUCGCCACUCUGGAUAUACUGGAAUAGAAAGCAACUUACAUACAAGAACAAUUAAGAGGAGAAGGGAGAGAAGUGAUUUCUUUGUGCAGAGUCCAUAAGGGCUGUGCAGAAGUGUACAUGGUCAAAGCCGAGCCGUCCAUUUACAGCACUGUGGUUUUCUAAAUGUCAUUUCAACAUGAUGUGAUUGUAGCUUUUUAACUAUGAAACCCCUGAGAGAUUGUACCUUCUAGUUGAAAUAAAGUAUUUAUAGUA